GGGUCACUUGGCAUUCUGGGACACAAACAGUGGUCUGUAUAGCUUUGCGUCAACAGCAGCAGUUUCCACUGUGGAAGGAAGGAGACGAGAGGAUAAUAACAACCAGCCAGCAGAGAAAGAGCAAACAUUUUUUUUUUCUAAUGCGACUUCUUCGUCUUGUUUGUCGCUCUGUUGUCCGGGAGAAGCGUAUGAGGAGGCCAGCUACGGCGGUUUAGUUUCUGAAAUGCAACGGUGGACUUUAUUCACGCAGCGAGCUAGUUAGCUAACGACAGGAGUAAGUUAGCCUUCCAGUGAUUUUUGCUAGUGCGUUAACGUUAGCUGGAUGGCAACGCUGGUGGAGUCAUAAAAGUUGAUGUUCUUGCACCACUUCGACUCUGGUCAUUUCAGUCCAAAGAAGAGUUGAUUGUUUUGUAACUGACAGCUCCCUCCAUCCUACACUACACUGUCCUGGCUGAGGGGUAGCAACUCUGAAUAUGUCGAGUGUUUCAGACAGAGACUACAGAAUUGGCGCUUUUAAGUCAUUGGACUGGCACGUUGCUCAGCUAGUUUACCCAAGAUAAACCUCGUUAAAUUGGACAAUUCAUGUAAUGGCCAAGGAGAGUGACGGAUUUCAUCUGUAUGUCUCACUACAAAGUUGCUGUCAGAGUUGCAUGACAAUGGGUUACCACUGCUAAAGCCAUCUUAAAAGUACAUAGACACGUGGCUCUGUUGAAGCUCAACAAAUUUAUAUUGCUAGACAUGGACUUGCGCUGGAUGUAAAGACUGUCUGGAAACCUCAAACGUCAUAGCUGUCUUCAGGUCGGACAGUUCAUCUGAGCCUUGCUGCUGGUCCCCAGAGCUUAUCUGAGGGCCAUCAUGUCAAUGUCAGGGUCCACGACUGUGCAGCUUUUCACCAAGCUUGUCAAGCAUGCGGUGGGCAAGGCGCAGAUUCAGCUGAAUCGCUGGCUGCAGAGGACUGCCACAGAUGAAUGUGACAAAAUUGACAUCCUGAUAUGCAGCACCUUUGACGAGACAGGGGCCGGCAUAGGGAGGUCAGAUGGAGACCCUGAGGUUAUCAGUGACACAGGGGGAACGACCUUCAGCAACAGUGGAGAGUUCAGACACCCAUGCUGUAUCACAACCUUUUGCUUCAAAAGCGCCCUGCUGGCAUGCAUCCUGACUGCUGUGUGCUUCUCCUCGGUUGCACUGGUGCGCCAAUACCUCAAGGACCUCCUGCUCUGGGUUGAGAGCUUGGACAGCUUCGUUGGAGCCUUGCUGUUUAUAGUUGGUUUAAUUAUUGUGUCGUUCCCGUGUGGAUGGGGAUAUAUUGUUCUUAAUGUGGCAGCUGGCUACCUCUACGGCUUUGUGCUGGGCAUGGGACUAGUUAUGGUGGGAGUUUUAAUAGGAACCUUUGUGGCACACCUGGUGUGCAAACGACUAUUGACUGACUGGGUGCUUAACAAGGUUGGGAACAGUGAACAGCUCAGUGCUGUCAUACGAGUGGUGGAGGGAGGAAGUGGACUCAAAGUUGUGGCCUUAGCGAGACUCACCCCCAUACCAUUUGGGCUCCAAAAUGCAGUUUUCUCGAUCACAGACGUGUCCUUGCCAAACUACCUGGUGGCCUCCUCUGUGGGUCUGUUGCCCACUCAGCUUCUCAACUCCUACCUGGGCACCACGCUUCGCACCAUGGAGGACGUCAUCGCUGAGCAGAGCGUCAGCGGCUACUUUGUGUUCUGCCUACAGAUCGUCAUCAGCAUCGGCCUGAUGUUCUACGUCGUGCACCGGGCACAGGUAGAGCUCAACGCAGCCAUUGCUGCCUGCCAGAUGGAGCUGAAGUCGUCGCACCUGAACGGCUCCUCCACCAAUCACAGUGGGUUCACCUACUGCAGCAAGAGGGCUUCAGCCAGCAGUGGAAACUGCAUUAAUGUGGUGUGACCGUGAAUCCACACAUGAGGCAGUAGCUUGUAUGACUUGGCCACCUAACUGUAAUACUGCAGAACUCAAGGGAACCUGCUGAGUUUAGACAGUGUCUGAAACAUUUUGGUGGUUUAUAAUUUUCUACAACAUAUUCUGACCACCCUUGUGAGAAAACCCUAAAAGCCUAUGUAUUUACGAUGUUCUAGAAGUGUGGGACCAUGCACAUUUUGAAAAAAAUGGUGCUGAUGGAAAUGGUUUUGCAGUACAUCAUCAUGGGAGUUUUUUUUUAAAUUUUUUUUUAUUUUUGGAUCAAGGUACUUAACCUAUUCUUAACUUAAUUUACUCUGUUACAGGAUAUGUCAAUGAAAUGAUAAUAUUUAGAGAUAUCAGAGGUGGCUGAGUGAGCGAGCGAGUGAUUAAAAACAAUAGCUAGGUAUUAACUGCCUGCUAACACUAUGAAUGUGCAAUCUGGAGCUUUCUAGAGAACCAAGGAAUUGUUUUUCCAUUUCAGUGUCAAAAGAAUGCCAACCUAUGCACCUUUCUUUCAUACUACAUCUGUUUUUGUUUUAUUUUAGGAGACUUAUGACCAGUCUACAUCCAGUGCUAAUUUACAGUAACAAUAAUAAGGGCCUUAUUAAUAUUUUGCAAGAUUUGGCUUUUUAGUCCAGUUCACUUUUGUGAAGUGUCUUAUUUUUGGACUUUGAAGAGAGGGGGGGAAGCUCUCACCGAGCAUUACUGUGUGAUUUCUGCUGGCUUACGACCACAUCAGCUGAAUUGGCCUUGUCUGCCCGGAGAUCAUUUUGGCGCUUCUGCAGUUUUAAUAAGAGCAGCUGGGGGGGGGGGCAGAUUUCACAGAAGGAAACUCAGGAAUGUUUCUGCCAGGAAAGUUGAAGUGCAGCUUGAUCAGCUCCUCGGUAGCACAGCCACAUGUUCUGCUAAAGAUUCCCACACUGAGCUGAAACUGAGAUGUCAAGCUUCCCUGUAAAUGUUUAGAAUUCAUUUUGAUUUUACAUUUGUUUUUGUUUUACAUUUUUAUUUGGCUGUGAGAUUAUGCAUUAGGAUAAUUACAUAGUUUUUGCUUAAGAUGGUAGUUUUGACAAUUCUGUGCAAUACAUCAAAGAACGGUGACAAAAUGGCAUGAAUGUCGUAUUUCAGUGCUGAAACCAAACUAAUCACAAUUGCUCUCGCGCAUCAAAAAUAAUACAAACCAGUCGGUGUUUAAAGUUUUACUUACAUUAUAGAUGAGUAAGCUAGAUGAGAUAAAGAGGCUGUUAUUUUUUUUAUGUGCUAUUCUUUGAUAAAGCCUAUCAGAUGCCACGACACUGGCCCCACCUCAGUUGAGGCUACAUGUGACUUAUGAGUGACUUUAUUUUAUAACUUAUCGUUGGUGGUAACUAGAAAUGAUCUGUAAACAAAGUUUUCAUGCUGUAGGUUCUCUUGCACAGUCCACUACAAACAGACAAACACUAUUUUCAUACAGAUAAGUUGAACUUGGAAGGGGUGUGGUUGGUCGAAAGUUAAAACUUAUGUGUCUCAGAAGCCGACAAUCAAACACAACAUGGACACUAAAAGUGAUGAAUGUGAUAAUAUUUUUUAUUUUUACAUGAAUUAUUUCGAUGCUGCUCCUCAGACAAAGUCUGGUUGAGGAAUAAUAAGGGCUCCUAUAUGAAAUAUUCAUCUUUAUGUCCCUGUAUUUGUAAUGCUGGCACAACUUUUUGUUUUUCAUUUUCAUUCUUGAACUAAUCUUUUUCUUUCUUGAAAGCCAGAUAUAGUGUUUGCUCUACACAUUUCAUGCUGUCAGUCCUCUUAAAAGCUUGGUUACGUCCAUGCAAAAUGUUGGUUGAAAGUGCCCCUUCCUGUCU